AUGGCCAAGGGCUCCGCCAACCAGACGAGGAGCGUGCCCAACAAACACUUGCAUGCACGCAUCGCCUACCUGCACCAGGCUGCCACCCACCUCGCCCUUCAGGCACCGGCUGUGACACACACUGACCCAUCAAAUCUGCAACAGCGUGGUCUGCCUCUUCUGCUCACCGCUCAACUCCAAGCCGUCUCACAAAAGGCUCAGAUUCGUUUGUCUCAUGACAUGAAGCGUUCCAUCUGUGAGGCUUGCAGCACGCCUCUAAUACCAGGCACGACUUCAGAGACGCGCAUCGAGAACAAGAGCAGGGCCGAAAAGAAGCCUUGUGCCGAUGUCCUUGUCAUCCAGUGCCGGAAUUGUCAUGCUGAAAAGAGGUUCCCCAUCGGUGCUCAACGUCAGAAGAGAAAGGCAGAGCGUAGGCUUGCAUCUGUCGCCGUCGACCCGAAAGGUGCAAAGAAACAGGUUUCAGAAGUGGAAAUGGUUGGCGUCUGA